AUGGCAGAUAUAUUUGCAACGGCAGCGGUGUUUUUACUUCUCUUGAUUUGCUGUGUAUUUCACAAAUACAGAUGGAUCGUCACUCGGCGACUUUGCUACAUUCUUACAGUACUAUAUAUUAUGCGUGCUAUCAGCAUUUGUCUAACUCAUAUUCCUUCAGGAUUUCGCAAUAACGGGAUUGGGAUUGAGUUCGUUUAA